UGGCCGUGGUUAUCAAUUCCAACAUUUGGCGGUCAUCGGCGCACGUGUUCAGUUGGAAGUUGGAAGCGUUGAGCGGCAACAUCACGUAGAUACAAUUUUAUCUGCAAAUCGCAAUGACCUAUUUUUUCGCACUCUCCUCUGCGCUUGAUUUUCAAAACCAAGGUCGUAUCACAAAUCAUCUAAUCCACACACUUUGAUUUUCUACUAAUUUCUGAAUUUGCAGGUUCCGUUUUCGUCGCUGUUUCACUUCAUCCAUCGACAUAAUGAACGAUUUGACGAAAAAAAAAUGUGUUCCUUGCAACUCAAAGGAUUUGCGACCAAUGACCGAGGAUGCAGCAAAAGGUUUGGUUCGAGAGCUGGCUGAGUGGAACCUUAUAAAUGAAGAUGGUAAACUAAAGUUGAACCGAUCAUUGAAGGUGAAGAGUUUUCUUAAAGGAAUGGAGUUGUUUGAACUUAUAGCCGAAGUUGCAGAAGCAGAGGGCCAUCACCCUAAUCUUCAUCUAGUUGGAUGGAACAACGUAACGAUUGAGAUAUGGACAGACGCGGUAGGUGGACUGACUGAAAAUGACUUCAUACUCGCUUCCAAGAUCAAUAAGCUCGAUGCUCAUCACCUACUGAGCCUGAACGCUUCUAUUAGCAGUCAACAUGACUGUUGAUCACGAACCAAACACUCCAACACUCGACCUUAUGUUCUUGUCCCAAGUCGAGAUCCCCUGGUUCUCUCUUCAUACAUUACGCGUUGCUUUAGUUCAGUUUUGCAGUUUGAAAGAUGUUUAUUUUAUUUGUGGGGUUUAACGAAGAAUUGCUAUUCUUUUUU